CACAAUCGCGCCGCGGCCCGCCCCCGCCGGCGCCCACCCCGCCCACUCCCGCCUCCCGAGUCCUAAGCAGGGCCUCCCCGCCCUCCGGGGCCCAGACGCCCACGGAGUCACGCCAGCCUGCGCUCUGUGCCGGUCCAGCACAAGCAAGGAUCUCUCCUAUCCUGUGAGCACAGAGGACAACUAUGAAUGAGGCCAAAGAGACCCUCCGAGGCAUUGAGCAGAAGUACAAGCUGUUCCAACAGCAGCAGUUCACCUUCAUCGCAGCUCUGGAGCACUGCAGGGAGAACGCACAUGACAAGAUCCGGCCCAUCUCCAGCAUCGAACAGGUGCAGAGCUACAUGGAACACUACUGUAACAACUCCACAGACCGGCGGAUCCUGCUCAUGUUCCUGGACAUCUGUUCAGAGCUGAACAGGCUCUGCCAGCACUUUGAGGCCAUGCACUCUGGCACCCCAGUCACCAACAACAUUCUUGACAAAUGCAAAACCUUGGUUAGCCAAAGCAAUGACCUGAGCACCCUCAGAGCAAAGUACCCUCACGAUGUAGUGAACCACCUCAGCUGUGACGAGGCCAGGAACCACUAUGGCGGUGUGGUCAGCCUCAUCCCCAUUGUCCUGGACCUUAUGAAAGAGUGGAUCGCUCACUCGGAGAAGCUGCCCCGCAAAGCGCUGCAGCACGUGAGUGAGCCCGCAGCAUGUCAGAAUGUCACCAGGGCAGCCGCUUGUCCUGCCCGGACCGCAGGCACCCAGCGCUGGUUAAGAAAGCACAAAUGUAGGCAGCUGGAAAAAGACCGCCUCAAACCCAGGGGGCGAGACAAAGGACAUUCCAAGCCUCCCUGGAGGCCGCCCGGUGGGAAACUGUAACUCAAGGCCAGGGGCCUGCUCCACGGCUGGGUGCUCUGCUAACCAGUGUGGACUCCCCUGUGGAUCCAUUCCUGCUGGUGCCGGCACCCCUGCCGUUAACCCCAAAAGGGCCAAUACAUCAUUGAGAAUCUCUCCUUCUCUUGCUUUCACUUGUAACUUUCCUGCUUCUAAGCUCUGUGCUGGUGAAGAGGAUCCCCGCUUAAUGAGUUGCCCAAACAGUAUGGUGUUGCUAGAGGGUGUCCCAGGUGAGGGCACUGAGCCACACCCAGCAGCCAUCCAGCUCCCUGCCCCAGCAGCCACAGGAAGCAGGCACAGACUCUCUGCAGGACAGGGAUGCUCCCACUCCCAGGAUGGAGGGAGGGGCAGAUGCUGAAGGAACCCCUCAGGGUUCAGUUCCCUGGACCAAAACAAAGGCAGUGAGCCCACUUCUCCAGAAGAAUUCUGUCUGUGGUUCCUGAGCAAGGACCAUGGCCUGAUGUCCACAGCAUAGUCGAGGCCCACACACUGUGUGAUGUGUCUGCUUUGA